AUGCUUUCUUUUACUCAGAAAUCACUCGCUGAAACCACGAGUGGUGACAUCAUCGCUUUACUGUCUUCAGACGUGCAGAGAUUUGAAAUGACAUUUGGAUUGUUACACUAUAUUUGGUUUGCACCGACUCAAAUAAUCGUGGUGUUUUGGCUCAUGGGUCGGAUUGCAUUGAUACCCAGCCUCUGUGCACUUAUUGCCACAAUCCUCAAUAUUCCAUUUGGAUUUGCUUGUAACGCGUUUUACUCCAAGUUUAGAUUUUCUGCUGCCAAACAUACGGCUAAUCGUAUCCGAUUGCUAUCUGAUAUGAUCAAAGGAAUGAAAACAAUAAAGGUACAAGUAUGGGAGGAUAUAUUUUCCAAACUCAUUGGCAGUGUUCGAAGAAAAGAAACUCAGUCAAUUUUGAAAGCUCGUUUCUGGCAACUUUUUCGCUGUACCCAAAUCAUGUAUCAAAUAAAACUGAUUACACUAGUUUUUAUUUCGGCACUGGUUAUACAAAGUGGCGAUUCAGAAUACUUACUAGUCUUAAAGAGUUCUUUUAUCUAUACUGUGGUCAAUUUUCUUAGCUCAGUAUUCAUAUCAGCUACAUUACUUCUACCAAUAUGCAUACAAAAUAUAUUCGACACAAAUAUAAGUUUCAAGCGUAUUACUGAUUUUCUAACCCUGCCUGAGCUUGGUUCCGAUUUGUCACCUGAAGUAAUCGAUUCACCUACACCAUUUGUACAGUUCUCCAAUGUUUUUGCAAAAUGGAAGAAUAGUUCCACUACGCCUACUCUACAACAAAUUGAUUUCGAGGUCUCUGGUCCUCAACUGGUUGCUGUUAUUGGUAUGGUUGGCAGUGGCAAAUCGUCAUUAUUACAGGCUGUCCUAGGCGAACUUCCGGCUACUAGUGGACUCGUAAAGCGAUCAGCAGAAGUAGCUUAUCUACCUGGAACAGCAUGGAUAUUACCCGGUUCAAUCAAGGAAAAUAUUUUAUGUGGACUACCCUUUGAACCAGAACGCUAUGCUGCCGUUCUCCAAGUGACUGCUUUGGAUGUUGAUAUAACUCAGUUUCCCAACGGUGAUAACACUCAUGUAAAUGAACGUGGGGUCAAUUUGAGUGGUGGUCAGAAAGCUCGCAUUGGUCUGGCUCGAGUUGCAUAUUCUCGUACCUCAUUUGUAUUACUGGAUGACCCUUUAUCAGCUGUUGAUGUGCAUGUUGCUGGUCACCUAUUUCAAGAAUGCAUAGUUGGAUUUAUGGCAAAUAGAUUAAGGGUACUAGUCACCCACCAGCUGCAUUUUUUACCUAAAGCUGAAAAUAUCAUCUUCUUAAAGGAGGGUAGGAUAUGUGAAUUUGGCACCUAUUCAGAUCUGUGUGCGAAAGGAGUGGAUUUCUCCAGUAUGGAGUCUUCUACAGAAGCAGAAGAUACAGUAUCUAGUCACAAUGACAAGACUUGUAACCAUGUGUAUAGCACGAAUGAAGAAUCAUAUAUUUUAAAUCGUAACCAGAAGUUCGAAAAAUAUGAACAGAGCAACAAAUUGACGCAUUCUGGAAACGGUACUCAAGAAAAGAUAGCCUAUUCUGAUGAACAGUACUCUGAUAAUGCAUUGGAAUUAAAGCAGUUACUGUCUUCGUCUGAUUCUGAAACGCUUCAAAGAGAGAAAGAAACAUCAACAGGUGCAACACAAGCGAAAGUUAUUAGUUUUAAUCAACCAGACGAUAAAUAUUAUCAGUUAGCUGAAGAGAAAAUGAAGUUGAUUGGUGAUGGAGAACUGAAAACAAGAAAAUCGGAAGAUGGGGAAAAAAAUCAACAAGCACCAGUUAGUUGGAAGCAUUAUUGUAUUGUAGCACGUUUAGCAGGAGGAUUUUGUGGAACGUUUUUCGUUGUUUUGCUGUUUCUGCUAGCUGUUUUAGUCUUCGCUGGAUGGGAUUUAUGGUUAGCUCACUGGUGCCAUCUUAUGGACAAUUUUGAUAUUAACGACAAACAAGAUUAUCAAAGAAAUAUGACAUUUUACUUAUUGGGAUCAUUCGAUACUAGAAGCAUGAAAUUUAAUUUCAUCGUCCUUUGGUGUUUAAUGAUUGGUUUGGUGUUUUGGUAUAUACCAGAGCUUUUUUAUUUUUUACUCUUAUGUAACCCAUCUGGAAGUAUAAUCAACAGAUUUUCAAAGGACAUUAGUCAAGUAGAUGAUGUGCUGCCUGUGACAAUGUAUGAUGCUAUUCAGUGUUUCUUUCUAGUUCUUAUUAUGGGAGCUGCAACUAUCUUCAUGACUUAUUGGUGUAUAAUACCAACAGUUUUAGCUGUUACUCUGUUUUAUUUAACUCAGAGGAAAUAUAUACGAAUUUCAAAAGAUUUAAAACGGCUUGAAUCUGCUGCUAGAAGCCCUAUUAUUUCAUGGCUGAACGUUACAAUACAAGGUCUGCCAUGUAUUCGUGCUAGUUGGCGACAAAGUAAUCAUUUAGCUAAGUUUGAAGAAGUAAUGGAUAAUCACACUGAUGUCUUUUACCUCGACUUAGCAGCUAACCGUUGGCUUGCACUGCGUUUCGAUUUACUGUGUGUCUUAUUCACAACAGGAGUAAUGGUCACAUCCUUACUAGUUUGUAUUUUUACGAAUCUUUCUGCUUCUAAGAUUGGUUUGAUGAUUACCUAUGGGCUUGGUUUUCUCGGAUUGUUUCAGUGGUUUGUUCGUCAGAGCUCAGAAGUUCAAAAUCAAAUGGUUUCCGUAGAACGGAUCGUUGAGUAUACUGAUCUACCACCAGAAGUGAAUAUUGUCUCUCCAAAGACUCUGCUAAAUGAUAAAUGGCCAACUUCUGGACGCAUCGAUUUUCAGAAUGUCAGUAUUAGUUACGAUAAAGGAUGUUCAUGGGCAAUUAGGAACCUUAAUUUGAUCAUUGAACCUGGUUUAAAGGUUGGAAUAGUUGGACGCACGGGUUCUGGGAAAAGUACCUUAUUUUCCGCCAUUCUUCGAUUAGUGAAAGGAGAAUGUGGCAAAAUUUUGAUAGAUAAUGUUGAUAUUCAGCAACUGAAGCUAGAGGAAUUGAGGGAAAAAAUCUCAGUUAUUCCUCAGGAUCCUGUUAUGUUUACUGGUUCUGUACGUAUGAACCUUGAUCCUCAUGAGAGAUACAGUGAUGCAAGAAUUUGGGAUGCAUUGUCACUGGUCCAACUGAAGAAAACGAUUUUAAACUUGGGUAAAGGUCUUGAUAGCAUAAUCGAUGAAGGAGGAUCAAAUUUUAGUUCAGGAGAAAGACAACUACUGUCUCUUGCACGUGCUAUUUUGGAAGAAAAUCGUAUAGUGUUAGUUGAUGAAGCGACAGCCAACGUGGAUUCAAGGACAGAUUUAUUCAUUCAGGAAACUUUACGGAAGCACUUUUCUUCUUGUACGGUAUUAACUAUAACUCAUCGUUUGCAAACUGUAAUAGACAAUGACUUGAUUGUAGUUCUGGAAAAUGGUCAAAUAAAGGAAAUCGGCUCACCAUAUAUGCUAUUAAAUCCUGAACAUGCUCAAUGCGACCUUGGAGUAGUCAAACAUGUACAUGAGACCAAUGAAGACUCACCAGGAGUCACAGGUGAUGGGUUAUUCGCCAAAUGGGUUCGUGCAACGGGAAAGGAGCAGUCUCGUAAUUUGGCAGAAAUGGCUAGGAGAGCUAGUUUUCAAAAAAGUCGAUUGAUACCAUAA